AUGACUGUAAACUGUCGAAAAAAUUGAAAUAUUGUAAUUAUUUAGACCACUAAUUUCAUCAAAUUCGGUAUUUUGAAAGCAUUCCACUGUUGACAGCUUUGAGCAUGCGCGAUUGCAGGCAACAGGAUGUAUACAUAAUUGAUCACAAGGAAACAAAUUUGAGUAGUUAUGGAUAAAUUGCACCCUUAAAUCCCAUGGAAACCUGACUAGGACAUGCUUUGUCUCUAUAUGUCCCGUACAUUAUGCGGCAAUAUCAAAGAGACGAAUAUGUAGUAUAAUCUUGUGAAGGAAAUCUACAAAUAUUGUGUGAAAUAUGCCACGUUACGAGUUGUCUUUAAUAACAAGAGCAUUAAGUAAUGAGGGGCUGGCUAAUAUAUUGAGAAGAGUUGCCACCCUUGUUAUGGAACAGGGCGGGGUUGUCCGUAAAAUGGAAAAUUUGGGCGAACAGGAGUUACCGUAUAGGAUGAGAGCUCAUAAUGAGUGGCACACUCAGGGGAGAUAUUUUCUAUUUGACAUGGACAUUGGACCAACACAACUUCCAUCAUUUCAAAAGGAACUUAAAUUAGAUACUGAUUUGAUUCGUCCGAGACUUGUAAAACUUAGACCAAAGAAGAACGUUGAUGACGUUCUUCACUGUUGGACAAGUUAUGAAAAACACAAUAGUUGAUAUAGUUAUGAUAUAGAUAGUCAAACAUGCGAGGAAGAAUUGAGGAAAUAAAAAAAUUAACAUUUAUCACAUCUUUCAUUACAUAUCUUUCUCCAGAUUCUCAUUGAGAUGUACAUUUUGCCUUUGUAAAUUGCCUUUGUAAAUUGCCUAACGCAAUUGGGGAAUAUUAACACCAAUUGUACCUGUAUUAGGUAUUGUGUAAUUAUCAAGUAAAUUACACCAAGGUAGACAAAAUAGCCCAGUCACUCAAGUUAGUUUAACCAAGAUUAGAGGCACUAAUUUGCAUAUUUAGAGAAUUCAAUCAGUCCAAAGAGGAUGUAUUUAGUAAAUAUUAACAUCAAAUAUUGAUUAAAUCGUAAACCGCUUUUCUUUCUCAA